GCUUUAAACAUCUCGCUUCCCCCACAGCCCCGUCUGCAGGCACGGAAUUCUGACUUCAAGGCCCUCAGCAACAUAAAGCAGAACAAAAUACAAUGCAGAAAACUUCUCCAAAAGCUCCCCUAAUAACUUCUCGCCCUGAGAUCCCCCUCCCAUCCUUCCUCUUGGCUUCGUGAUUUUGCUCCACGGCCGCUGCCGGGAAGCACGGCUGCAUUUCACUGCUCUUCUGUUUCUCUUUUGCUUGGUGUUCCUCUUCUGCUUCCUCCCCGCUGUUGCUCACUUUGUAGGCAAUUUCAGCCCACUGCGAUACAGGCUUGAAACCCCGUCUGCUUUCUGCAGCUUCUUGUGGAUAUCAGGGGGCCAACGAUGAGCAGCGCACAAACAGUUUUAUUCUCUUCCCAUCCUGCAUGCAAUGCAGCCCUGGUUCAGGCGCUGUUGGGCUGCAUGGUGUCCCCAAAAGGUCCCUGCUGUGUGGGGAUGGCGGGGUGGGAACAGAGCGUGGUGCCCAAAGCACGUGGUGACAGCAGGCUGGUCGCAAUGGGGGCUGCAUGUGACAUCCUGUGUGGGGCAAAGCAUUGGAGCCACGUGUUUGGCCUCCCCUUGGGGGGCAGCGUGUGGCAGGGGAGAGGUGACAGCCUCUACGGGGCACCCAGCAGGGGCUGCGAUUGCAGCUGCAUGUGUGGCAGCCCAUGGCCUUGGGGACCCGAAUGGUGACAUCAGGAGGUGGCAUCACGUCACUUCUUGUCCCCAUGAGAACUGAAAGCAGCUCUCUGACCACUUCCUGACCCCACUGCAGCCUCGCCGUCCCCAAGCUGCUCCUGAAUCAUGGCACCCACGGCGCUGGCCCUCAUCCUGGGUUGGUGGCUGGCGGCAGCGAGCGGAGCACAGCAUGUGCCCCGACCCUCCCUGUCGCUGCACCCCAGCCACGGGGUUUCCCUAGGGGACAAUGUCACCCUGCUUUGCCACCUGCCCCGAAUGACCGCCUGGGUCCAGCUCUGGUUGAAUGGAACUCUCAGAUCUAACAAGGAAAAAGACCAGGAGCGGGACGUGGCUGAGUUCUCCUUUGCUGUCACCAACCUGGAGGACGUGGGGACGUAUCGGUGUCGGUACCAGGUGUCAGAGCCAGUGUGGACAUCAGAGCUGAGCGACCCCGUGGAGCUGAUGCUGGCAGGUGCCGGGGGGCGAUCCCGUGGGAACCUGGUGGUGGCGGUGGUGAGGGGCUGCGCUGCUGUCUUCGUCUUCAGCCUGGGCCUCUACUUCGUCCUCGAUGCCCGCAGCCUCUGGACGAGGAGAGAUAAGAGCCCUGGUCUCACCCCUGAAACGCCCAACUCAGUGCCAUUCCAGGUGCCCCUCAGGGACAGCGAGGAUCUGACUUACGUCGAGAUGCCGGCUGCCACCCCGUGCUCCCAGCCCCCCAGCUCCCCCCCCGCCCCCCAACCCCCCGUUAUCUACACCGCCGUGAGCUCUGAGUUGCCGUGCUGAUGGGCCUCCCCAGCUGCUUCGUUUUUUGGGGGUGUGUGGAAGGGGACAAAUUCCCUGCUUGGGACCCCCUGAUGUCCUCUCCUUACGCCCUAACAGCUGAUCUCCCCUCAUCUAACAACCCCAAACUCUCACUGCUGCACCCCAAACGCUUCCCACUCACACCAGAUCCCCAAAAUGCUCAACUCUUACCCCAAAAUCCUUCCUUAUCCCCUCGAAUAUCUCAACACGCCCUGAGACGUCCAAAUCCUCGCCGCUCCGCUCCCAAACGCCGCCACCAUUCCUGAGACACCCUGAUCUGUCCCAAUCCACCCCUCUUAUGGAGAUCCCCCAAAACGCCCCUUUCCUCCCCUUCCAUCUCCUACAGACGCCCCACAGAUCCCCUGUAGACCCCCCCAAAACCCCCCGCCUCCCGUCCUGCCCUGCUUUUAUCACUGCUCUCUGGGUGUUGAGCAAUUCCUUUGUGCAUCGCUUGCUUUGCAGAAGUUCACACAUCCGUACGGUUAUCAUUGCUGCUGUUUCUCUCUUCCUUUUCAGUCUCAGUCAAGAGAUUUUAUCUCCACCGAUGAAU